CUUACGUGAUAUGUGGUACUGUAGCGAGAUCCUCUAGGAUCACUGAAGCUCCUCUAGGGUCACAGAAACGGUAGAGCAUACAGAAUAUUACUAAUACCUAUCUAUAUAGCUGGCGGAUUCGAACUUUCAAGUUCUUAGCGUUUCCUCAACCCGUCCAGUCCCUUCACUAUUUCACGUUGAUUUCCUGGUGUUCCAUAGCAACAGGACGUGACGUCCUUCGCUCGCCAUCGACCCUUGAAACUCACCUCAAGCUCACGGCUCUCGCCUCUCAACAUGGCUUCACCGGCACAGCACCCGAACCUUCCGCUGCCGGACUACUUCUCCAAGUUCGCCAGCGUCUACGUUCGCCAGACAGGCCACGCGACACUCAACAUCCUAGCCGACGUCAUCAAGGAAAGUGUCCAGACGUCGGCCAAUCCCAUCGGCCCGGACUCCGUCGUCCACGACACGGCCGCGGGUCCCGGCAUUGGCGCGGCGGCUCUCGUCGCCAGCCUGCCCAAGGACCAGCUGCCCAAGGAGAUGCUGGUGUCGGAUAAUGUGCCCAUGAUGGUCUCAGCGGCGCGGGAAUCCCUCGCUGCCUCUCCGCUGCCCAAAGUCGAGUGCAAAGAGCUCGACUCGCAGGACUUGUCGUCGGCCUCGGUACCGGACAAUCACUUCACCCACUCGAUCAACAACUUCAGCAUCUUCACCUUUGUCCGCCCCGCCGACGCCAUCCGCGAGACAUAUCGCACCCUGCGCCCGGGGGGCCUCGCCAUCGUUACCUGCUGGCGCCGGUUCGCGCCCGUGAUCAUUGUGCAUGCCGCCCAGAAGAGGAUCCGGCCGGAUCUGCCCCUCAUGCCUACGCCGAGUCCUCAAUUCUUUGAGGAGGGUGUGCUGCAAAGGGUGGUGGAGGAGGGCGGGUUUGUCAAGGACAACAUCACCGUGCUCGACAAGACGCUGGUUGUUGCCGACGAGGAGAACAUAGCCGGCCUGACUAUGCUCAUGUCUGGUCCCAUGAUGAGCAAGGCCCGUGAGGGGUACACGGCGGAAGAGGAGGCUAGGUGGGCUGACGCUGUCAAGGAGUCUGUGAAGGGAGAGGUGGACCAGUUUGGGGGCAUCAGGUUCGAGGCUUAUGUCCUGUUGGCGACCAAGUAGACCUGCCUAAGCGUACGUGGAACUUGAAUGCAAGCGAGAAAAGCAGCAUUUUCAACAUGCUGGCAUGUUCAAUGUUGAGUGCGGUUCAGUUAGACAUCAAUCCAUGAUGUGAGUCCGCAUGUUGGCAUCAAUUGUUGGCCUCCUUCCAUGUCUACCAGUAGCCUAGUAGUGGCUUUCACGAAGCCUUACUAGUACUUACCUACAUGUAGGUGUGUAGUCAGAUCGGAUAUCAUCAAUUC